AGCCAGGAUACUUUAUCUCUUCUUUCUUUACAAUUGCUACAUAGUAGAAACAUCCAACUUCAAAAUAUAUUGAACCCUUGUGUUUUUUUUCUAUCUAUGCUUUUUCAUUUGCCUACAUUUACCCGGUAAACUGGAAACGACCCACCACCACAUUGCGCGAAUGUAUUCCACUCUUCCUUGCAGCCCGUAAGCCUCGUAAGCCUCAUGUCAUUCAAGCGAUCCCGCGCUACCUUCGAAGCCGACCUCCAAGCUCAGCAAUCCCCGUACGUUCUCUUCGGCACCCCCCUGCCCCCCCUCGACCCCGAAGUUCGCGACGACGGGUCGUACGUCCCAGUAUGGAAGCAGGAAGUGCGGGAUGAGCGCGGUCGCAAGCGCCUCCACGGCGCCUUUACAGGCGGCUGGAGUGCUGGCUACUUUAACACCGUUGGCUCUAAGGAAGGAUGGACGCCCUCUACCUUUGUCUCCUCGCGCACAAAUCGUCGCAAGGAUGAAAAGACCCCCAAGCAGCAGCGGCCCGAGGACUUCAUGGAUGAGGAGGACCUAGCUGAUGCAGCUGAGGCACAGAAACUACAGACGGCCCAGGGGUUCGCCGGCCUGGGGGCUACGGACGAGGAUGGCUUAAUGCGACAGGGUGGAGGACUUGCUGAUCUAUUCAGAGUUCAAGGGGACACGAUGGGCGUAAAGCUUCUGCGGAGGAUGGGUUGGAAGGAUGGUCAAGGGAUUGGGCCCAAAGUCCGUCGAAAAGCUCGACUCGAUGUCAGUAGCAAACCUGGCAGUUCAACUCAGGAGGAGGGCGAGACAUAUCUCUUCGCGCCAGACGACGUGGCCCUUAUUUCCUUUACGAAGAAAUUGGACCGCAAGGGAUUGGGAUAUGAGGGAGAGGCCAGAUUAACACCGAUGAAGCUAGAUAAAAGGGAAGACGCCGAAUCAAGCUCCGACGAAGACUCGCGCAACGGGCCUUUAAUACGUCCGGGGGCUCUUAAGAAAAAGAAGCCGAGUAAAUUCGGGAAAGGUGGAAUAGGCAUUGGUGUCUUAAACGACACGGGGUCCGACGAUGAAGACCCGUACGAGAUCGGGCCAAAAAUAUCAUAUAACAGAAAUAUAGGAGGGGAUAAAAAGAAGAAAAAAGCAACAAAUAUAACAACGUCAGCUAAUCCAGCUCUGCGCUCCGCACCCGUAUUUAUAUCUCGGAAGAGCGCCCUCGCGCAAGCAGGCAAGAAUCUACGGAAAUGCCACGAUGGCCGCUUACCCCUUGACGGCUUCGUUUUCGGCGUCGAGACGGACGAUCUAGCAUCCACUAUCAACGCCGAAGUCAACAAAUACCCGCCCCCUGAAAUACCACCAGGCUGGAAAUCCAGCAAGCAACGCAAAUCCGACGUACCCGCAGCAACCACAUCAGACUAUAUGUCAACCGCCGACGCAGCCAAAGCCUCCAAACUAGACCCUAAAUCGCGUGCCGCGCUAUUGGGCGAGGCCCAACUCCCUGGCAAAUCCGUCUUCGACUUCAUCUCCCCGUCCGCGCGCGACCGUCUCGCCGCCGCAACCGGAAAGGCCAAUCUCCCUCCCGGCCUAGGCGAAAUUCCAGAAGGAUACUCGUUGAGCGAGGCGGAGAAGCAGCAGGAACUCCUGCGCCAGGUCCCCGAGCUCGAUAAGACCACUGCUGCGGCUGCGAUAGCCCGCGGCGCGAGCGGUGGCGCGGCACCGUACGCAGACGACGAGGCGAAGCGCGCGCGGUACAGGACGUAUCUCGAAUGGGCUGCUGGUUUCGGCGCGAACCCGCCGCCUCGCGCGCCCAACGCCAGCGUGGAGGAUUGGCUCCGCGAGCUCCACGAGUUCCGCAGCUGCGCGCUGAUCUUCAAGCCCAUGACGGGUGCCAUGGCCUCGCGAUUUACCACUUCUUCUUCUUCGACAUCGGCCUCGAAACUGGCUACGGGAUCCUCCGGCGCCGUCUCCUCCUCCUCGGACAAAGACCUGCUUUCGCAGAAGCCCGUGGACCCCGCGGAGCAGGCUGCGAAGCUGGGCAUGUACGGCGCGAUGACGCGGUCGGUGCGCGAUUUCUACCCCACCAGGCUGCUGUGCAAGAGGUUCAAUGUCAAGCCCCCCGCGCACGUGCAGCCGGACCAGCAGCCGGAGUCGGAUCAUAGGGGAGGAGGAGGAGCUGCUGCUGCUGGGUCUAGAAUGUCCAAGAGCUCGUAUGGUGCGGGUAUGGGUAUGGGUGUAUCUGGGUUUACGACCGGCGCGAUGACGCUAGAUGAGUUGCUGAAGUCGGCGCAGGCGCAGAUGCAGACGCAGACUACUACUGGCAGCAAUACCGAAGCAGCGGCAGCGGCUGCGGUUGCGCCAAUACCAAAAGCGAUCGAGGCGCCACCGCCGAAGAAGGAAGACACGACGGUGGCGGCGGCGGUGGUGGUGAAUGCGGAAGUUAACGAGGCGGUGGAAGGCAAGAGGGCACAGGACGAUGUGCUGCGAGCUAUAUUUGGCGAUAGCAGUGACGAUGAGGACUAGUUAGGUAGAUUAUGAGAUAUAGGUUAGGUACCUCCUUAGGUUAAAUAAGGUCAGGUACUUAUUAUGUACGGAAUACUAGGUUAGAGGUAGUAGAGCAAACCUGUACGAUGGAAGUGGAAGUAAGUUGGUUGUUGGUAGUGGUAGAGCUAGCUAUACCCCGUCGAGAAACGAUAUUGAUUGAACUAACUACCGCAAAGCUUUGAACGAACUUGCUAUUAUUAUGUGUCGUGCGUUAGUCAUAUGUAUAACAGCUAAAACAUGUGG